AUGGAUUCAAAUGAUCAUGUAGAACAAACGAAGAAACAACUACAUCAAAUCAAUGAUUAUAUUGUAUUUCACACUCAACUUGAACCUUGCAUUAAUUUCAUUGAAUCGAUUCAUAAUGAAAAAAAUUUUUUCAUCUCUUCAAUUUAUGAUGCAUCACAAAUAUUAUCUCAUAUUGCUACUCUCUCUCAAAUUGACAACAUCUUUGUCUUCAAUUGGAAAAAAGUUAAUCGUGAACAUUUCGCUUUUGAACAUUCAAAACUUAUUGGUAUCUAUGAUGAACUCGAUUUAUUAUGUUUAUCAAUUCAAGAACAAGUCGAUUUUUUCAAUCAACAUUUACAAACAUUCAAUUUCUUCAAUCAAGAUGAACACUUAACAAAAGAUCUAUCAAAACAAACAGCUGAUCUUCUUUGGUUUCAACUUUAUCAUGAUGUUCUCUUUCAAUUAACAUAUGAUGAAAAAGCUAAACAAGAAAUGAUCGAUGCAUGUCGUUCCUAUUAUCAAGAUAAUAUCAAAGAGUUAGAGAUGAUUGAGAAGUUUGCAAAUGAAUAUCGAUCAAAAGAAGCUCUUCAAUGGUAUUUGAAAAAAUCAUUUCUCUACAAAAUGAUUAAAAAAGCAUUAAGAACUAAAGAUUUCAAUCAACUCUACACAUUUCGAUAUUUUAUGAAAGAUCUUACAGAAAGUCUCAUUCGGGAACAUCAAAAGAUGAUUCAGUCUGAUAAAAAAAUACUACUCACCUAUCGAGGAAUGAAAUUAACGAGUAAUCAAAUCGAAAAAUUCAAAGAAAAUGAAGGUAAACUGAUUUCAAUCAAUGGAUUUUUCACAACAACUAUUUUUCGUUCAACUGCAUUAAGACAAGCGAUGAUAUCGUCGAAACAAACUGAUCUCAUUUCUGUUCUCCUAGAAAUUCAAUGCUAUCCACAACAUAUUAGCAAGAAUGUCAUUGUUGCUGAUAUUAUUCAAUUCAAUGAAAUUCCAUCUGAAGAACAACAAGAAAUUCUCUUCGAUUCAAAUGCCACUUUUCGAUUGGAGAGUGUCAGAAUGGAAGAAGACAUGUGGUUAAUUAAAAUGAAUGCCUCAAAUGAAGGUCAAAUUAUCAAAGAAAAAUAUAUUAAAGACUUAAAUCGCCAAAUGAAAGAUCUAAGCAUCGGAAUUCUCUUUGGAAGAUUGAUGUGUGAUAUGGGUCAAUGGGAUCAAUCACAACACUUCUUUCAACAUUUAUUGAACAACUCGAAUAACAACAAUGAAGAUCUUGCAAAAAUUGAAUCUAGUCUUGGUGAAGUUCUUCAGUGGAAAGGAGAAUGGAGUGAAGCACGGAAGUAUUAUCAUCGUGCUUAUGAACGACUGAUGAAUUAUGAUGAAGCACUUAUCUUUCAUAAACAAGCACUAGCAAUGCUCGAAGAAUAUUAUCAAUUUCCUCACGUCGAUAUUGCUGUUAGUCUUCCCUGUAUUGGUCAGGUUCUUAUAUAUCAAGCAAAGUAUGAUGAAGCUCUCGAUUUCUAUCAACGAGCGACAUCAAUCUAUACAAAAUAUUAUCCAAAUAGUCAUGUAAACAUUGCCUCCACCCUCAACCACAUUGGUUAUAUUCUCUAUCUCGAAGGCAAGCAUGAUGAAGCUUUGAAGAUUUAUGAACAAGCAUUGGUAACACAACAAAAGUAUUAUCCAUCUGGUCAUGUCGAUAUAGCUGAUAGUCUUGGUGGAAUAGGAAAUAUUCACUAUGGACAAGGAAAAUAUGAAAAAGCUCUGGAGUUUCAUGAACAAGCACUGAAAAUUGAACAGAAAUAUUAUUUUUCUGGUCACAAGGACAUUAUUACCACUCUAAACAAUAUUGGCUAUAUACAAAAGGAACAAGGAAAGUAUGAUGAAGCUCUUGAUUUUCAUCGGCGAGCAUUAGUAAUGCAAGAGAAAUAUUAUCCAUCUUAUUAUGCAAACAUCGCUGACACUCUGAAUUACAUCUCUAGUGUACUACUUAGUCAAUCAAAAUUUGAUGAAGCUCUAGAUUAUUGUCAACAAGCGCUAACGAUGCAAGAGAGCUAUUGUCCUUCGGGUAAUGUCUCAAUGGCCUUAAGUCUCAACAAUAUUGGCAACAUCCUAAAUAUGCAAGGAAAAUGCAAUGAGGCUAUUGAUUUCCAACAGCGAGCGCUCGAACUACAAGAGAAGUGUUAUCCAAAUGGUCAUGUAAACACUGCCAUAACUCUUAUAUUCAUUGGCACAAUAUUUCAUCAACAACAAAAAUUCAAUAAAGCAAUGGAAUAUUACCAAAAAGCAUUAGAAAUUCAAGAGAAAUAUUAUCCAAAUGGUCAUGUGAGCAUUACGAUAACCUUCAUUUGUAUUGGCGCAAUAUUUCAUCAACAAGAAAAAUUCGAUCAAGCGAUUGAAUAUCAUCAAAAAGCAUUAGAAAUUCAAGAGAAAUAUUAUCCAUCAGACAGUGUCUUCAUAGCUGAUACCAUCAAUAGUAUCGGUCAUGUUCUGUACAAUGAAGAAAAGUAUGAUGCAGCAAUUGACUAUUAUCAACGUACACUUUCAAUACAAGAGAACUUCUAUCCUGAUAAUUACAUCGAAAUUUCUCAUACUUUCACCUCCAUUGGUAACACUCUAUAUAAACAAAAGAAGUAUGAUGAAGCUCUUCAAUUUCAUCAAAAAGCCUUGGCUAUUCAAGAAAAACAUUAUGAAUUUCCUCAUGUUGACAUCGCAAAGAGUCUGAACUUUAUUGGUAAUGUCCUAUAUAGCCAAGAGAAAUAUGAUGAAGCUAUUGAUUUCUAUCAACGAUCAUUAGUUAUUCGAGAGAAAUUUUAUUCAUAUAGUUAUGCUGACAUCACUACCGUUAUUAGCAAUAUUGGAAAUGCUUUAUAUGGGCAAAGAAAGUAUGACGAAGGUCUUCACUUUUAUCAACGAGCAUUAACAGUUCAAGAGAAAUUUGAUACAACUAAUCAUGUUGGCAUUGCUAAUAGCCUGAUAAACAUUGCCAAUAUCCUUAAAAAUCAGGGAAAGUACAAUGAAGCUAUCGAGUUUCAACAACAAGCAUUGAUAAUACGAGAACACCAUUAUCCUUCUGAUCACGUAAAUAUUGCUUAUAGUUUGAGCAACAUUGCUAAUAUUGCGACUAUACAAAGAAAAUAUGAUGAAGCUCUCAACUUCUAUCAACGAGCGCUAGAAAUCUACGAAAAAUGUUGCCGAUCAAAUCCUGUUAAUAUGAUUAAUUGUCUCAUCGAUAUUUCUGAUAUCCUGAGCAAACAAGGAAAGUACAAAGAAGCUAUUGAGUUUCAACAAAGAGCAUUAACAAUUCGAGAAGAAAAAUUUUCCUCUUGUCAUGAGAAAAUUGCAGAUAGUUUGAAUUGCAUCGGUCACAUUCGAUUUGAUCAAAAAGAAUACAAUUUAGCACUCGACUGUUAUCAACAAGCUCUAAAAAUUCUUGAAAACUGCUACCCAUCUGGUCAUAUUGAUAUUGCUGACACUCUGGUAUAUAUUGGUAUGACUCUAAAUAUUCAAGGAAAGUAUGAUAAAGCCCUCAAUUUCUGCCAACGAGCAGUGACAAUUUAUGAACAAUAUUAUCCAUCUAAUCAUGAAAAUCUUGCUACUUGUUUGGGUUCUAUUGGUUACAUAUUGAGGAAUCAAGAAAAAUAUGAUGAAGCUCUCGAUUUUUAUUAUCGAGCACUGACAUUUUAUAAGAAGGAUUCAUCCAAUCAUUUGAAUACUACUACUUGUCUGAAUAACAUAGCUCAAACUUUAAAAGAACAAAGCAAAUAUGAUGAAGCUCUCGUCCUUCAAAAACAAGCAUUGGAAGUUCUCAAGAGUAAUUUGUCUAGUGAUCAAUUUAGAAUUGCUACUAAUCUUAAGAAUAUUGGUUAUACUCUAUUGGAACAAACAAAAUAUGAUGAAUCUCUCGACUUUUAUCAACAAGCAUUAACCAUAUUCAAAGAAUAUUAUCCCAAUGAUUAUAUUGAAAUUGCUGAUUGCCUAUACUGGAUUGCUGCUAACUUCAAUAGAAAGUCUCAAUUCGAUGUCGCUAUUGAAUAUUUAGAAAGAUGUUUAUUAAUUAAAGAAGUCAGUCUACCUUCAGACGAUCUUUCCAUUGCUAUCAUAUUUGAGUAUAGAAUACUUUCAAUUAUGGAUGAAACAUUAACUGAUGAAGAAAAAGCAUCAAUUGCACGACGUUUUAUUACUCAUGCACCACCGGGUGAAUUUAAUGAAGUUUUUAAUGAUGUACGAACGCUUCUAAAUGAUGAUUCAUUAGUUCGACGAUCGAUUUCACAAGCUUUUAGUGAAUAUAAUCGAGAUCAAUAUAUUCCAACGAAGAUUCAAAAUUCCGAAUACAAAUGUCUUAUAACCGAUGGCAAUGAUUUAGGUGAUGGUCGAUUUUAUGAUCCACGUACAAGACAAACUUUUAAAUUUGAUCAUUUACGUCGUGAAUCAUCUGAUUAUGAACAUUAUCAACCAGAUGAAAAAUCUGAAACAUGGCGUUUAGCAUUAGAAAAACAACUUACAGAUUAUAUUAAAGAACAUUAUACAUAUGGUUCUUGUAUAGUUAUUGGUGAAAGUGAUGCAGAUACAAUUACAUUAUCAACUUUUAUUGAAAGUCAUAAAUUUGAACCAAAAAAUUUUUGGAAUGGACGUUGGCGAUCAAAUUGGUCAUUAACUUUUAGUAAAGGUCAAUUUACAUGUGAACUAAUUGGACAUGUAAAAGUUCAAAUACAUUAUUUUGAAGAUGGUAAUGUUCAAUUAGUUAGUAAUAAAAAUAUUACAGAAAUCAUUCAACUUCAAGAUGAAAUAAUAACAGCAAAAGAAAUUAUUCGAAUUAUACGUCAAGCAGAAAAUAAUUAUCAACAAGCUGUUAAUGAAAAUUAUCAACUUAUGUCUGAUUCAACAUUUAAAGCAUUACGUCGUCAAUUACCAAUAACAAAAGCUAAAAUUGAUUGGACUAAAAUUACAGCAUAUAAAAUUGGAUCUGAACUUAAAAAUGCUUAA